AUGGCGCCAGAGGGUUUACUUUCAAUUCCGGCGGCCUCCGUGGUGGAGGACGUCCUCCAGCAACAUUGGACCCGACCGAGAGACAUCGACAUGGCCUCCAGGAGGUCCGAGGAAGCAGGUAUUUUUUCCUUAUUGCUAUCUUUUGAUAGGUCAUCGUUCCCUUUCAACAUCGAAAUUUUGAUCUCUACAAGCUGCAGUUGAGAAAUCGACGCAUAGAAAUUUUGAUUCGAUGAUUUCUCUCAGUAAGAUUCAACGAGGGACCGAUCACCUCCGUUGUAGAUCGUGCACCUGUUCGUUACUCGAACAACCGAUAGAUCUUCUUAAAUGAUCUUCACGAAGUCGUCCCAUCUUUCUGUCAUUAAUAGCGAAACUCAAACUUUUUCAGAGGAUCAGGAGAUCUUCUUCGGAAACAACAUUGCCAACUCGGAAUGAAACCAUAGUUUGAUUUCAUACUUCUGAUAAAAAUACCCAACACACAGGAUUUUAUCUUUACCGACUUCUUUAGAAGUGCCAUUGAUGAGGCCAGGCAUCAUGGGGCGCCUCUCAUUUAGUCGCUCUAAGUUCGGGAAAGCCAUUGAAAUCCUUCACUUCUACUUUGAGCAAAAUACUUGAUCAUAGCAACCCCAGACGGAUCAAAAGAAUUCAAACAUGAAACAAAUCGCCGACUACUUCUUACGUACAGCUAGUAGAAGACACGAGGCUGCAGCGUGGCUGAGGCAAACUCUCGGCGCCUUGGGGGAGAAGGAUCUGCCGGAGAAGCCCACGGAGGAAGAAUUCCUUCUCGCCUUAAGAAGUGGGUUAAUUCUCUGCAAUGUGCUCAACAAUGUCCAUCCAGGAGCUGUGCCAAAGGUGCGUCUCUGGCCCCUCUCAUCCUGAGCCUGAUCUCCAUCAUACAGUCUGAAAUCCCUCCUUCUCAGGUGGUGGAAAUCCCUGUCGAUCCAGCUCUGCUCCCAGAUGGAGCAGCACUAUCGGCUUAUCAGUACUUUGAGAAUGUCAGAAACUUCCUUGUUGCAGUUCAAGACAAGGGUCUUCCAACAUUUGAGGCAUCCGAUCUGGAGAAGGUCUGCAUGAGAACCUGAUUAGCUACAGUUUUCAUAGAUCAGGGAAUUCAUCAACAGCGACUCUCUUCCAAAAAUUAUUUCUGAUCGAGAUUUCUCGCUUCUUCUUCACUGAGUCUGCAGGGGGGGAAAUGUUCCAGGGUUGUCAAUUGUGUUCUGGCUCUUAAAUCCUACUGCGAAUGGAAGCAGAUGGGGGGAACUGGUCUUUGGAAAUACGGGGGAAAUCUGAAAUCCGCUGGCUCAGGGAAAUACUACAUAAGGAAGAAUUCGGAGCUUUUCAUUAAUUCCGUCUCAAGGAACAUAUGCUCAAAUGGAAAAUUCCAAGAUGACCAGAAAUUUUCUUCAAGCUUCAACGACGAAUCCAGCGAAAUGGUUAGUUGGUUGGUUGGUUUUAUUCGUAACUCGGUUGAGGAGAUUGAAUAUGGACUAAUGAUCGUAAGCCUUCUUGAUAUUUAUGCAGACCACAUCUCAUUCUCUGAAUAUGCUUGUAAGGGCGGUUCUCUCGGACAGGAAGCCUGAAGAAAUCCCAUCAGUAAGACCCCAUGAUUUUGUCUCCCUCGUCUGAUUAUCUUUCAUUGGAUAGAGGGAUAAGGCCGUAUCUUUAUUUCCCCAGGUAGUGGAGUCUAUGCUGAAAAAGGUGGUUGAGGAGUUUGAACGUCGAAUGGUUAGCCAGAAUGAAAUGGUAAAGUAUCGACAAUUCGAAGUAAACAAUUAUUCUAUACUGUAGAAAAGGUGGAAUAUUUUCGAUCGAUCGUUCUGAUUGAUUAACGACUGGUUCAUCCAGAAACAUUGAUAGACAAAAUUAGAGUCUUCUUUGCCCGAAUUCACAGUAUGAAGUUUUAAGAGUGUAUAUAUUAAUCGGGUACUUGGAGAUGGAUGCCAAUCUUCGCAUGAUUUUUCCUUGGAUUGAAUGAAGGACAAGCCAUGGGCGAGUUCAUUGCAACUGAUGAUAAUUUUUUUUAAUAUUUCAUUAAACAGGUGAAAACGACCUCGAAGGAUUUCAAUGGUGAUGGUAGCAAGGUGAUCUCCAAGAGAAGAGUUCUUGCAGAGCUUGCCAUUUCUUCAGAUGGCACCAAGGUAUGCAUAUAGGAGACUUUACUCUCACUCGUGUUGGGUCGUCAAAUUCCUUUCGUAGGGAUUCAUUUGCCAGUGAUCACUUGCAUAGAUCACUUUAUGAAAAUUAUUUCAUCCGAAACUCGUCAAAUGUUCUGCCUCGCCUAGAUGGAAAUGGAGGAGGAAAAUUGUGCCCACGGUGGGAAGGAUGAUACACGUGCCAUCUCAGAGGAGAAAUGUAAACAGAGGCUUGCAAAGCAGAAUGCUGUAUUUGAGCGUCAACAAAAAGAUAUUCAGGUCAGAAAUCAUCUCUUUUCAUAUCACGAAUCAAUUAACCUUACCAGCUCGUAAUCAGUAAAACCCUUCAAUUUUUCUGUUUUAAUUUGCAGGAGCUGAAGCAUAUCCUCGGCAACACUCGAGCAGGGAUGCAAACCAUUCAGACGAAUUACGUUCAGGAGAUCACAACACUCGGUGAGUUGUUCGGAUUUUUGAGUCUAUCUCCACCUCGCAAAUAUUUACGGUUCCCCCGCCGUCUGUUCUUUUCCUCAACAGGAAGACACUUGAGGUCUUUAGCGGAUGCCGCAUCAGGAUAUCACAGGGUUCUUGAGGAAAACAGGAAACUAUACAACGAAGUGCAGGAUUUGAAAGGCAAGAACCAUCACUGUUUCAGCAUAAUCUUUCAUUCCGUCAGGCUUCUACCUCUUAUGUCAGAGAAAAACUCUCUUACCCCUCUGUCUGCACUCUGUUCUUCUUCCCCUUCUUCAGGGAAUAUCAGGGUUUACUGCCGUGUGAGGCCCUUUCUGCCGGGGGAGCAGAGAUCAGUGAGCACUGUCAGUCGUGCAGAUGAUGGAAACAUCACCAUUAUCAACCCAUCCAAGAACGGAAAAGAAGGGCACAAAUCGUUCACCUUCAACAAAGUAUUCGGACCCUCUGCAACCCAAGGUUGCUCAGUAUUGACUUCGUCUCUGUGUUCUCAACUGGGCUGCAACUCCGACUAACCCUUCAAUCAUCGUCUUGCAGAGGAGAUCUAUUCAGACACGCAACCUUUGAUUCGCUCUGUUCUGGAUGGCUUCAACGUCUGCAUAUUUGCGUACGGCCAGACAGGAUCUGGGAAAACGUACACGAUGGUGAGCAGGAACUUUUGUGGGGCCAUUAUUACUCAAUUUUUUCCGAAUAUUUCCUAGGUAAAGCUAGUAAAUUCUUCUUUAUGUAUGGAAUAAUUAAAGCUGACAUCUGUUCUGACAGACGGGACCCAGGGAUAUUACUGAACAGAGCCAGGGUGUGAACUACAGGGCCUUGAGCGACCUAUUCCAGCUUUCGGAGCGUAGAAAGGACACAAUCACCUAUCAUAUCGCUGUUCAAAUGAUUGAGAUCUAUAACGAGCAAGUCAGAGAUCUUCUGGUCAGCGACGGGGUCGGCAAAAGAUAUCCUGCUCGCUUUUUCUAGUCUCGAUUCCUCUCAGAUUUCUCGGUUUCUUCUCCGCUUCCGUUUCCUUGACCUAUGAUCACGUUAGAGAUUCGAAACAGCUCCCAGAAGGGUCUGAAUGUGCCGAACGCAAGCCUGGUCCCCGUCUCAUCAACGUCCGAAGUCAUCGAGCUGAUGAACAUCGGGCAAAGAAAUCGCGCGGUGGGUGCAACGGCUUUGAAUGAUCGCAGCAGCCGCUCUCACAGGUUUUUGUUUCCUUCUGCUUUGGCCUAUGAGAAAUUAUCUUGUUCUUCUUAAGCUGGAGUUCUGAUGGAUCGUCGUACAGCUGCCUGACUGUUCACGUUCAAGGAAGGGAGGUGGCCUCCGGCGCCGUCCUCCGGGGCUGUAUGCACCUGGUUGACCUCGCCGGCAGUGAAAGAGUUCUCAAAUCCGAGGUCACCGGGGAGAGGAUGAAGGAAGCCCAGCACAUCAACAGAUCUCUGUCGGCACUGGGUGACGUGAUCGCCGCUCUCGCCCAGAAGAACUCCCACGUUCCUUACAGGAACAGUAAACUCACUCAACUCCUCCAGGAUUCCCUCGGUAAGAUAUCCUGCUCUCUCUCUCUCUCUCUAUCUCUCUUCCUUAUCGCUGAGAAUUAACGAUUCCCAUGGCAACGCAGGAGGCCAAGCAAAGACGUUGAUGUUUGUCCACGUGAGCCCAGAGCAAGACGCUGCGGGGGAGACCAUUAGCACCCUCAAGUUCGCGGAGCGGGUUUCCUCCGUGGAGCUCGGCGCAGCGCGUCUCAAUAAAGAGAACGGGGAGGUCAAAGAGCUCAAGGAGCAGGUUUUUCUUCUUCUUCUCUACCCAUUUAGUUAUUAUCCUCUCAUGCCGUUGACUACCUCCCCUCAAAACUCUCUUUCACUGCGCUUAGAUCGCCCAUCUCAAGGCGGCGCUCGCAAGAAAAGAAUCAUCAGAAGCCGAAGAAGCAGCUGGCAGUCUCAAGUCAACUCCCUCAGUGCGCAGAACGAUGCUUUUCACACCGUUGUCCAAAUCGACAGCUUGGAGGGAACAUGUGAGAAAACAUUGAUCAAAGUUCAGAUUUUUUCCAGUGCCCAUGAUAUCAUCAAAGGUUUUUAAUGAUGGGUUCGUCUGGGAUUUCCAGAAUAAUAAUUCCUUGCCGCGGCGGAAGAGACCUGGUUCCGAUCUCCAGGAGCAGUUACUGGCCGCCGCCGACUCCCCCCCUUGGCCUGAUAACAGCAGCCCGUGCGUUGACUCCCGGGCUGGCGAAGAGAACGAGACCGAUUCCCAAGAAUGGGUCGACAAGGUCAUGGUCAACAAGUUGGACCGCGUCGGAAGCAACGGCAGCUCCCUCAGUGAUUGGGCAGCGGUAGCAGGACCAGAUUAUCUUUUCAGCAGGAACGGGACGGCGUUGGAGGAUGGGCCUUCCGAGAUCGGAACGACUGACUCGGAGGACCAGAUCGUCGUCUCCUCCGGUUCCUCCGAGUCGAACCCGGCGGUCUCUGCGAGCGCGUCGAAGACGAAGAAACCCCAGCAGAAGCUCGCCAAGACCCCGGACGCAAAGAGGUAGAUCAUAUUUCAAUCUAACCCCUUGAUCGAUGCAUAUGAUCGAACGAAAAUCGUUUCUGAUUCCGAUUUCACCCUGAAGGACUCCAAUUCAGGCUCCUUGCCCGCCGUCGUCGAGAAAGCUCCCGAGCAGGCUCCGGCUUCCGAGGGGCGCCGCCGGCGUGAUGUGA